AAGAAAGAAAUGCAUUAAAAAAUUUGCCCUUUUUAAUAAUGGCGAUAUAAAUUCCCCUCCAAUCUCUCUCAUUUCAUUUCCAUUGAUACCCACCUCCCAGUUCGCCUCAAAUCUCUCUCUCUCUCUGUCCAUUUCCAUCGUUAACGGUCACUACUCCCUCUCUCUUUCUCGCUAGUGCACUCCACAGGACAUUUAAUACUCUACAUUCUCUCUCUCUUGCUCUGUUUCUCUCCGUUCCAAUUGAGAUCUCUUUUCAGUCGAAAACCCAAUUGGAGAGACUUCCAUUUUCACCCCCCAUCUCCAAUUCCAAUCCCAAGAGAUUGAUAGGAUAUAGAGGAAGGAGAAGGAUGUUGACGUGUAUAACGUGUACCAAGCAGCUUAACGGCGGCGGCAACAAUGGAUCUCUACCGCAGAGAAGGGAAAGGGAUGAGAAUGGUCUCGACGACGAUUACGCUACGGAGACGCCCAGGACGAAGCAGGCCAUUAAGAAUCUCACCGCUCAGAUAAAAGACAUGGCGAUAAAGGCAUCAGGUGCUUAUAAAAACUGCAAGCCAUGUUCAGGUUCAUCAAACAAUAAGCAGCAGAAUGGGAACUAUGCCGACUCUGAUGCGGCCUCAGAUUCAGCUAGGUUCCACGGUUCAUACCGUAGGGCGGCUGCGGGUGCUGCAGGUAGUUCGAAUUCUACGCCUAGGAUUUGGGGGAAAGAGAUGGAGGCAAGGCUCAAAGGGAUGUCGAGUGGUGAAGGAACUCCAGCAUCUGGGAGUGGUAGGACGGAAUCCGUAGUGUUCACGGAGGAAGAUGAGCCUAAAGAAUGGGUUGCACAAGUGGAGCCUGGUGUGCUCAUCACAUUCGUUUCGUUGGCUGAAGGUGGUAAUGAUCUCAAGAGGAUUCGAUUCAGCCGUGAAAUGUUCAACAAAUGGCAAGCUCAAAGAUGGUGGGCAGAGAACUACGAGAAGGUCAUGGAACUAUACAACGUUCAACGGUUCAAUCAGGAAGCUGUCCCACUGCCAACACCACCAAGACCAGAGAAUGAGAACCCAAAGCCUGAAUCUGCAAAAGAAAGCCCCAUGACUCCACCACUAGGUAAAGAACGACCUCUCAGCAACUCACGACAUCCAAAGGGAACGAGCUACAUUUCGUCAGUAGACUCGAUCGAGCACCAUCCACAAAUGCAAUCCCGCCAGUACUAUGAUACCUCAGCUGGCCUUGCUUCAACACCAAAGCUGUCCGGGACAAAAACAGAAGCAUCAUCCAUCGAUGGUUGCUCUGCCAGGACGAGUUCAUCAAGAGAUGUUGAAGAAGAUCAUUCAGGCGAGCUCUCCCCAAGCAAUGCAAGUGAAAGUGGAGCUGAAUGGGUUGAGCAGGAUGAACCAGGAGUGUACAUUACUGUCAGAGCACUACCUGGCGGCAAUCGAGAACUUAGGCGCAUCAGGUUCAGCCGACAAAUGUUUGGAGAAAUGCAAGCAAGGGUGUGGUGGGAAGAGAACAAAGCCAGGAUACAAGAACAGUACUUGUGACACUCGUUGGACUCAAAGAUUUAACAACAUUCAUAGUUGAUGUGACAAACAAUACAUUAACCUCAAAAGUCGAAAUCUUUUUCCCGGAGAAGAUAUCAGAGGUGAGAAUGCUGACAGACCUCAGAAUGGGACAAUAUACGCAGCAGUCUGGUUCUUCAGGACAUGCUAACUUAACUGUUUCUACCACCACCCCCACAUUUGGCCAUUGGAUUGUGCAUGGAAAUGUGUUGAUGUCUUAAGAGUGAUCAUUUGGUGUAUGUAGUAAUGUUCAUAACCUCAGACCUCAUCAAUUUCAGACUGUUAUCUUUCCGACUUUCCCCCUUUUAUUUCGUGGAUGUAAAGUAACAAGAUUGGUUGCUUUUCACUAGUGUGUUGCUUUGUGGAGCCGAUAUGGUAAGCAAAGAAAGAGAGGAGAAAGAAGUGAAAAUGAUGAUCCACUCUGUUCUACACUUCAAGAAAGCUGUCCAGCGCCAUCUGGGUUGUUUCUUUGUUUUUGUUUUUCUUGGCCUCUAUACUCUAUCAAGUUAGGGUCUCAAGUG